GGCAAAUCCCUCUCACCUCGCCGCUUAUCCCCACCCCCACCCCCAUCCCCUCCCUUCCUUCCUCCCCACCGCCACCGCAAACCCAACUCCGGCCGCCUCGCCCCGCGCGCCGCCAAUGCACCCGGACCCGUAGAGGCCCCCCAUGGACGCGCCACCGCUCCUCCCCCUCAUCCUCCUCCUCGCCAUCGUCGGCGGCGGCGGGGUGGCCACGGCCGCGACGAUCCACCCGGGCGACCUGGCCGUGCUGGAGGACCUGCGCCGCUCCCUCACCAACCCGGAGGUCCUCGGCUGGCCCAAGGGCGCCGACCCCUGCGGCGGCGGGUGGGACCACGUCUCCUGCGACCGCGACGGCCGGGUCAACAACCUGGACCUCAAGAGCAUCGGCCUCGCCGGCGCCCUGCCCGCCUCCUUCUCCUCCCUCGACGCGCUCCAGGACCUCAGCCUCCAGACCAACGCGCUCUCCGGCCCGCUCCCCUCCUUCCGCGGCAUGGCGGCCCUCCGCCACGCCUACCUCAACGACAACGCCUUCUCCUCCCUCCCCAACGACUUCUUCGACGGCCUCGACAGCCUCGAGGAGAUCUGCCUCGACAACAACCCGCUCAACGCGACCGCCGGGGGGUGGGAGAUCCCGCCCGCGCUCGCCGCCUCCUCGCCGCAGCUGCAGAGCCUGCGCCUCACCAACUGCAGCCUCGUCGGCGGGAUCCCGGGGUUCCUCGGGGGCAUGAGCGGGCUGCAGAUGCUCACCCUCUCCUACAACAGGCUCUCCGGCCCGAUCCCGGGCACCUUCGCCGGCUCCGGCGUCCAGAAGCUCUGGCUCAACAACCAGCUGGGCGAGACCAAGCUCUCCGGCACGCUCGACGUGCUCGCCGGGAUGGCCGACCUCCAGCAGGCGUGGCUGCACGGCAACCAGUUCACCGGCCCCAUCCCCGACGCCAUCUCCAACUGCAAGCAGCUCGCCGCCCUCUGGCUCAACAACAACGACCUCGUCGGCCUCGUGCCGCCCGGCCUCACCGCCCUGCCGCUGCUCCGCGACGUCAAGCUCGACAACAACAACCUCGUCGGCCCCGCCCCGGCGCUCAAGACCGGCAAUCUCAGCUCCUCCCAUAACGGCUUCUGCGCCGUCAAGCCCGAGGACAAGUGCGCGCCGGAGGUCAUGGCAUUGCUCCAGUUCCAAGCCGAGGCUGGUUAUCCCGUCAAGCUGACCAGUUCAUGGUCCGGGAACGACCCCUGCAAGGGCUGGCUGGGCGUCACCUGCUCUCAGGGGAAGGUGUCGGUGCUCAAUCUGCCGUCCUCUGGCCUCAAUGGCACCAUCAGCAAGAGCCUCGGAGACCUCUCUGCCCUCUCGGACAUCAGGCUUGAUAGCAAUAACCUCACCGGGCAUGUGCCGGACAGCCUCACCGGCCUCAAGCUGCUAAAGAAGCUCGAUUUGGGCAUGAACGACCUGAAUGGGCCUCUGCCGGCCUUCAGACCGGACGUCAAUGUCAUUCUCACCGGCAAUCCCAACUUCAACACCAAGACGUCGCCGGGUGGUUCUGCUCCCAAGGACGCCACUCAUUCACCAACAACGCCUGGCGCGCCGGGCUCACAAGGCCAAGGGGCUGCCUCUCCUGGCCAAGGGAACAAGAAGAGCAAAAUUUUGUUGGCUACCACCAUUCCAGUUGCGAUCGGCGUGGUGGCUCUGCUGUCCCUGGGUGCUGUGGUGCUCUUCUGCAAGAAAAAUGGGUCGUCAGUUCAGCCACAGGCGACCUCCUCCGUCGUCGUCCACCCCCGCAACAGUUCUGGCCCAGACAACUUGGUCAAGAUUGUCAUGACAAGCAAUGACAGCUUCGGCGCGACAUCAAGCGGAACCAGCAGCCGGGAUAGUGACAUCCACAUGAUCGAGGCGCGCAAUUUUGUGAUCUCCGUGCAGGUUCUUCGUUGUGCCACCAAAAACUUUGCUCCGGACAAUGUGCUUGGCCGUGGCGGAUUCGGCGUCGUUUACAAAGGGGUGCUGCACGACGGCACCAUGAUUGCUGUGAAGAGGAUGGAGUCCUCGGUGAUCAGCAACAAGGCCCUCGACGAGUUCCAAGCAGAGAUUGCCAUCCUAACCAAGGUCCGGCACCGCAACCUGGUGUCCAUAAUGGGCUACGGCAUCGAAGGGAAUGAAAGGCUGCUGGUCUACGAGCACAUGUCCAAUGGAGCGCUGAGCAAGCAUCUGUUCCACUGGAAGCAGCAUGAGCUGGAGCCCCUCUCAUGGAAGAAGAGGCUGAACAUUGCAUUGGAUGUUGCUCGUGGAAUGGAGUAUCUUCACACCCUUGCACAGCAGUGCUACAUCCACAGGGAUCUUAAGUCAGCAAACAUUCUACUUGGCGAUGAUUUCCGAGCAAAGGUGUCGGAUUUCGGGCUCCUUAAAUCCGCACCGGACGGGAACUUCUCUGUGGCAACCAGACUCGCUGGAACUUUUGGAUACUUGGCGCCUGAAUAUGCUGUGACCGGAAAAAUCACGACGAAAGCAGAUGUUUUCAGCUUCGGGGUGGUGCUGAUGGAGCUGAUAACCGGAAUGACCGCCAUCGACGAGAGACGCAUCGACGAGGAAACCCGGUAUCUGGCCUCGUGGUUCGGUCAGAUAAGGAAGGACGAAGAGAAGUUCAGGGCAGCCAUCGACCCGACCCUGGAGCUCACCGACGAGAUUUUCGAGAGCAUCUCGGUGGUCGCGGAGCUGGCCGGGCACUGCACCUCCCGGGAGCCCUCCCAGCGGCCGGACAUGGGCCACGCCGUGACGGUGCUCGUGCCCAUGGUGGAGAAAUGGAAGCCGUCGAGCAACGAGGCCGAGGACUACAUGGGCAUCGACCUGCACCUGCCGCUGCUCCAGAUGGUGAAGGGGUGGCAGGAGUCGGAGGCGAGCAUGACCGACGGCAGCAUCAUGAGCCUGAGCCUGGAAGACAGCAAGGGCAGCAUCCCCGCCCGGCCCGCCGGGUUCGCCGAGUCCUUCACCUCCGCCGACGGCCGGUGAACCAUGAUCAUCAUCAUCGUCAUCGCCAUGUCUACAAGAAAUAAGUACAUUGUCUCUCCCGGACCUCCCUCCCCUGUUUCGGCACAAGCGUUCGUUUCGUUCUUGUAGGUAAAGUAAAAGGGGUGCGUCGUUCGUCGUCCAUGUGCUUGUGCUUCUGCCGCUGUAGAUAGACAUCUUGUUUUUGUUUUCGUUAACUUUUUUGUUCAACUGGGUGCUACCGUAGGAUGGAUGGAUUGGUCGCCUUUUUCCAUUAUUCCAGUCUUGAGACUGAAGCUUCUGGCUUUACCUAGCAAUCAAAUCAAAUCAAAUCAUAUCAUGCUUCUCUGAUUGAUCCA